AAACAUUAAAUUCAAUUGAACGGAUCUUGUCAUUAAAUGUUUUCCGAAGUUCAGUACACACCGAAUGUAUCUUAAAACAAGCUGAUUGAAAUCUACAACUCUGAAUGCACCAGGCAGUGAAAGGGGCUGCUAUACUUACCAAAAAGUUAUUGCUUCGUUUAGGAACAUUUUAAAUGUUGCAAACUUGAUUUUCUUCUUUGCAAACAUAAUGAAGGACGUCUCUUGCUUCUGCUUAAUUUCGUCUUCCUUGUGGAAACAGAUGGUGCAAGCUUACAAAUAUAUCUGUGGUAUUUUCUUAGUGACUCAUACAGCAGAGCAACAGGCUUCAGACUGUGACACGCAGCCAACCAAGAUGGACGUAAGCUUACUUGAGGAGCAGUAUGACUGUAUGAAACAGAAGCAAAAGCUGCAAACACACAUUAUUGUGUUUAAAACAGAUGAGAAUCAGUCUGUUCCUGGGGAAUCAAUGGUCAAUGCCAUUUUAAUUAAUAAGAAAAUAAGGAAACCAAAAGAAUUUAAAGAACACAUUCCUGUCAGAAAGGUCACCCUGGAGUUAACUUCCAAUGGCAAUGUACAAGACAGUUCACCAUGGCGUACACACCUGGGAAUCCACCGUCUACUACAAACUGAUUGUCAGAAGGCUCCAUGUGAUCUUGACCACUGCAAGAAUGAACAGAUUAGCUUUGACAAUGAGAGAUUGACUGUGAAGGAAAAUGUCAUGCUGCCAUAUGAAAAAACACUAACUGCAAGUGAACAAUCCACAGUAUCACUCAAUGAACUGAGAAAUUCAAGUAUGUUAAACAGUCCCACUGAAGAGACACACCAACAGAUUUCAUCCACAAAAUGUAUACCCAUAUCCAGGAAGCUAAGCUAUUACCCAUUCCCUCAGAAAAAAACACCCAGGAUCUCAGAAGCUGCAAGAAGACUUGGAUUAUAUGUCUCACCAUAAAGAAAUUUCAGUAAUGUGUAAAGUUUAGUUAACAUUUAAAAUAAAAUUUCAGUAAACUAAUUUUUCAAAGUAAUUUUGAUUUACUUGCUAAGGGGUUAGUACUUUAUAUUAUAAGAAUUUGCAUGGGCCAAUCAAUGUGUUUUAGAAGUUCAUAGAGUGAAAAGUCUGUUAAAUGAGUUGCAAUGUCAUAAAGGGUAUUGGACAAUAAAGAAUUUUUAUACCUAGAGCAUCAUCAGGAUUAUCCAUACUCAUUUUUGUACCUUCAAAUAUAGGAACUAAUGUUAACUCAUUUUGCAUUGAUUUCUUUUUUUUCUAAAUCCAAACUACUGAUUUUUGAGGGACAAGAAUUCUAUCGUACUGAGAUUACAAAUCAUUUGAAAAAGCUGUAGCAAAGAUUAGCACUUACAAAAAUUGCUGAUGAAACAACUGGAUUGGAUUUCAGUACUGCAAAAUUCAAUUAGCUGUCUGAACAAGCAACAAAUGAAGCAGGUUUUAGAACAGUAGCCAGGGUGAUUAAUACAUUCUAGUUAACAUGUGGUUUUAUUAUUCAUUUACUUCCACAAGUUAUUUAUGAUUGAUUUUCCUGUGUGUAUCCUAAAACAGUGAAUAAAACCAUCAGAUCCUA